UUAAUUAAAAUCCUUACAUCAAAGUUCACAUUUUUUAGACUCCACUUCUCAUUUAUUUUUCAUCAAUAUAUAUAAUCCGUAAAUUAAUUUCUUUCUCGGAUAUUAUUUAAUUACAAUGGUGACGGAUGGUUGGUCUUUGCUUAGCCGAUUCCAAAGGGUAGUGAAAAAGGUAAAAGUUCUGCUAAGUCUCGAUAUUAAUCGGUGGCGUUUAGUGGCUUCAAUGAUCGGAGCUUCUUCGAUAUCAAACAAUUCUCGUCGCCUUAGCUUCAACGGAGCUUCUUUGGUGACGAAGAACUCCGGUCGCCUUAGCUUCAACGAAAGAGCGGGGUUGAAGGCUUGUGUGGAUGAUACAGAAUCAGAAGAUUGUUCGGCAAGAAAUAAUGAUUUUUCUCCAAGGUUUGAACUACAUAGAACCAUAAGUAACCAAUCAGAAGAUGAUAUUGACAAGAGAGCUGAGUUGUUUAUUGAGAAUUUUCGUCGUCAACUUCAGAUUGAGCGACAAAUAUCGUUGGAACUUAAGUAUUUUCAAGGAGAUAAUAAUAGUUUUAAAUUGAUGUCACCUUGAUUGGUUGUCAUGCAUGGUUGGUGAAUGGUAAUGGAGCCUGUGAUUUUUAUUGAAGGGUUUUUCUAUUGCCAAUUUGUAAUUAGAAGAAGAAGAUGAAGAAAAAUAAAGAUGGAAUCUUAUUAUUUGUUUAAGAUUCUGAAGACAUUUUACAAGGUUUUCAAGUUUUUUUUUAAUAUUUUAUGGACAUUUUCUCAUUCAACUAGAGAGAAUUAUAAUUUUUUUUCAUUAGAAAAUGGGAAUUUGUAUAGUGGGAUUUGAGGUGUGUAUAGAUUGUUUUGGUUCUUCAA